GCGUUUUCCCUUGCCAAAAAGAGUCUAAUGUAACUUGGGCCCCGCUUCCACUAACCUCGAUGGAACCUCAUUCAUCUCUGUCUAUCCCUUCAGCCUAUCGCUUCUCAGUGUCUCUCUACUGUCUCUCUAUUCCCCCCUCUGACACAAUACCAAAUGCGACACCAAAACUGAAUCAUAAAAACCAUCCGUACGAAAUGCCUGCCGACGACCGAAGCGGAAAGCAGGCCGCGGCUCAGCAAGCCGUUGACAUCCUGCAUGAGAUCUCCACCAUUCUCAACUGCCAUUUGGACCGCCGCACUCUCUCGAUAUGUAUUUCCAUGAUUGAGAAUGGCGUCAACCCCGAGGCUCUUGCUAGCGUUGUGAAGGAACUGAGAAAAGAGUCCCAGGAGGUAGACGCACAGAUUGCCUCACGACGAAGAUGAAGGAUUUGCUUUCACUGUACUAGGUCUUGAUACGAAAGUAACGACAGGGCAAGGUAGGGCAGGAUAGGUAGGAAUCACCUAUACAAGGCGUUUUGGGACAUUGGA